AUGAGUGAGGCCAUAGCGAGUAGCUCAAAUAUACCUGUAACUCCAACAUAUCCUCAUGGCUGGAGAGAGAUAGUCAACGGGUCAGUCGAAGAGAAUUUCGUCUCGAUCGCUUUGGGAACUCUGAAUGAGCUCAUACGACCUGAUUUUAUCCCUUCCAUAGAGCACAUCCAACUUCUCCUAUACCUUACGCUCAAUCCCAAAUCCCAUUCAAUCAAAUCUGAUCUUCCUCUGAAUAUCCUGUCGAGAAUCUUAUCACUGCACAGACCUUCAACAUUUUCUCAAGCUAUACCCUUUCAUCCUUCAUGUUCCAAGAAACGGGAAGAAGAUCCAGUAUGGUUACAAUGGGAUUAUAAGCGAUCUGAUUUACAUAAGAAGGUGUGGAGGUGUAUGCGCCUAUGUCUUGAUGAUGGGAUAUGGGCUUUACUAUGGGAGAAAAAGGUUGAACCCCAAACUCAUAAUCAAGGGAAGAGGGAACGAGGUAUCGACGAAGAUGAUGAGGAGCAGAGAGAUAAUAGAAGGAUUAGUGAAGAAGGUUGGAAGUUAUUAGAAUGGUUGAUUGAUUUUUGGGAGAAGGAUAAAUUGGAUCGAGAUGUCGGUUCUGCAGAGUAUUCUUCUCUAUUCCUUAAGCAACUUCCUAGACCUUUUGACCGUACAGGUCAAUUACCAAGAAACGACGCUUCUUUUCCACUAUCGAUAUUGAAGGCAGCUUAUACAAAUACGGUUAAAGGAGAAGAAGGGGGAAGACGUAAAUCGUCCGCAGUGAGGUUAUUAUCACUUGUUAUUGAUACUACUUCUGGAUCAAAACCACCUUUUCAUCCUGCAUCAUUAACUUCAUCGAUCAUUCAUCUGUUUCGCUCAUUACGUACUCGGGACAUACAAGAUAUCACGAUGAGAUCGAAAAGAGCCACAUAUUGGAAAGCAGCGACACAUGUCCUUACUUUGCUUAUUGAAGAUUUAGGUGGAAUAAGGAAUAAGAAAGUGGAACAAAGACGACAAAAGGGACGAAGUGGUAUCAACUCGACUGAACAAGGGGAUUUUGAAAAUGAUAUAGGAUUGGACAGACCGACUUACAAAUACCUUUUCGACGAAAUCUUACUGCUGCCCCUUUCAGAAAGGGCGCAGGAUAUUGAAAUGAUCAAGCGAAUGGUGCUGCUCAAAUUGGAACUGUUGAGUAUCAUCAAGCAAUAUCCAUAUGAAAAGGGUAUAUAUGAAGAUACCAAACGAAGAUUGCGAGAUGAUCAGGAAUGGUGCCAGAGGUUGGCGAAAAGCCUAGAUUGGAAAUCAAAAGGUAAUGACGAUGAAGUGGAAGAUAUAAGAUUAUUACAGGAUACAUUAAAAGUCUGUGUACAAUCGAUAUUGUUGUAA